UGUUUUCUGUUUUGUCCCAGUCACCCAGUAACACAAGCAGCAAUGCAACUUUCAUGCAGGGUGACAUCUCUCAGAAUCCACAACUGCGCUUCUUCCAAUUAGUUUAUGGCAUGACUGUGAUCAUCACGGCACUGUUUGCUACCAUCAAAGCCUUCGUUUACACUAAUGUCACCUUGAAUGCUUCCUGCAAACUCCAUGACACAAUGUAUAAGAAGAUUAUUGAUAGUCCGAUGAGUUUCUUUGACAUGACUCCAUCGGGCCAAAUUCUAAAUCGUUUCUCUAAAGAUCAAGAGGAUGUGGAUGCUGAGAUUCCCCCUCCACGUGGAUGUUUUCUUGCAGUAUUCUCUACUCAUCCUGUACACCAUAAUGAACAUUGUGGCUGUCUUUCCAACCCUGAUGGUAGCUGUGGUUAUAAUGGGAGUCCUGUCUAUCCUGCUCCUCUUGUGCGUUUGGUUCUCGUUUAGAUUUAACUGGCAUAUUAGUUUAGUUGGAAAUUUGAGCAAUUCGCAGGUUGUAGGCUUCCAUGGUAAUGGUUACAUGUUUUAAUCAGUAGUUAAAUGAAUAUUUAGCCAUGACAAGUCUGUUUGUGAUCCAUCUGCAGCGUAUUGAAUAGGCACACAUGUCAGAUAAAGAAGAUGGAGAACAUCAGUCGCUCACCAUGGAUCUCUCACACCACCUCUUCCCUGCAGGGCCUCAGCACUAUCCAUGCCUACAAAAUAAGAG